UUUUGACAGUCCAGGUACAAUAAUCUCUGAAAUUUUAUCCGACUCGGUUUGAACAAAAUAUCAAAUUUAUUCAUACAGUUUAGACGGCAAAAUGAGUUUAUUAUUGAGAUCUCUAACUCGUGCCAGUGCGUCGCAAUGGACCAAGGCAACGUUUUCCACAUCGUCCGUUGUCCUAAAGGAUCCGCGUCAGCAGAAAGAAGCUCCCAUCAUUGAUGCCAACCUGAUCAUCGCCGACGAUCUUGAACGUCGUGAACGGGAGAAACAAGCCAGCACCAUCGCUGUUCCGACUAAAGUCGAUUUAUCACCAAUUAACGGCGUUCCGGAGGAGCACGUCAAAGAACGUCGGGUUCGUAUUUUUAUGCCGGCGAAGAAUGCCAUGCAAAGCGGAACGGAUAAUAUUCACCACUGGAGCAUUGAGUUCGAUAACCGUGAGCGUUGGGAGAAUCCGCUCAUGGGAUGGGCUUCGACAGGUGAUCCACUGUCCAACAUGCGCAUCGAGUUCGGUUCCCCCGAGGAGGCUAUCACGCACUGUGAAAAGAACGGCUGGAGAUGGUUCGUGGACAACCCGGAGGUGCAGAAGAAGAACCGCGUUAAGAAUUACGGAAUCAAUUUUGCCUGGAAUAAGCGCACCCGCGUUUCUACAAAGUAGGUGACUGCGAGGGAUGCCAAGUAAGUUGUGUGUUAGAUUGUUUGUAAAUACGAAAUCGGAAUAGUUUCGGUUUUUGGCUGGAGGAGAAUAAAAACUCUUGCAAUGCUGAGAA